AUGCUUUCUGUUCCGAAUCAGACGAAGAAUAUGCUGCCGAUGACAUCGAGUGUGGAUGAGGAAGAAGAAUUAUGCGAGAAUGAGUGCACAAAUCAGCGACUAAAAAAACUUAAUAAACAGAAGAAAACUAAUAGAGCAUUAAUCGAUGAACAUGAAAUUAUGGUGUUUUUAGGCGUGGCUAUGAUUAUGCACUACAACCAUUUGCCAUCAUUACAUGAUUACAAGUAUUGGAGCAAACACGCAUCAAUGGGAAACGAAAUGAUAAAGCAAAGUAUUUCUCGCGAUCGCUUCACUCUACUUGCUUCGAAACUAUAUUUAAAUGAUUGUGACAAACCGGAUAAUGAUCCAAAAGAUUACUAUAUUUCCGAAGUUGUUUCAUGUAUGAAAGAAAAAUUCAUGCGAAUACGAAGUGAUAGUCCUUUUCAAUCAAUCGAUGAAUGUAUGGCAAAAUUCAAAGGUAGGUCCAGUCUAAAGCAGUACAUGCCUAUGAAACCAAUCAAACGCGGUGUUAAAAUUUGGUUGCGUUGUGAUGCAAAAACAGGAUAUACCUACGAUUUGAAUGUAUACACUGGUAAAGAUGUCACCACUAAUUUUCUGGAACUCUUGGAGAAAGAGUGGUUUUGA